AAAGGCACUGAAGCCUUAAUUAAUGAUAACGGCUUAAAUCGAAUUAGGGUCAUGCUUCUCGCCAAUUACACUAAAAAAAAAAACACUUGAGUAUGAAAUGGCUCAUAAAGUCGGCAACAGAGGAUAUUGAAUCUCAAGCGACAUGUUUGCCGAGCAGUGCAGCUCCAGCCUCCCCAUGCGCCCUGUGUCCACAGAAACAUGCUCUUUAAAUGUUAGAUGCUUUAUUUACCUCGCUACAUGUGAUUGUAGCUGUUCACAUAGUUUUGCCUCUCAAGGCAACGUGUUUGCCAUUUUCAAACAGACUGAGAUAGGUGCUGAUAGUAAAGACGGAAGAGGGCUUGACUAAACUCCCCAAAGAGAUCAGCGCUUGGUGAAGUGAUCGUCUACUCCUAAAGAUCAGCAUGAGGUACACUCCUCCCAUACAGCAACACCUUCCCUGGUGGUUUGGCACUGAUAACGUGACCUCCUCUUUCCACAGCUUCCAUUGUGGUCUCUGUCGUAGAAUGAGUGUUUAUGUUCUGACUGUACAUGUCUGCAUUUGAACACCCAUGUAAACAUGCAGUGGACUUCGGUGGUUUAUGGAGUGUUGAUGAUUGGUUCCAGCUUCUGCUCCAUUUUGGGGAACUUGCUACUCCUUUUGGUGGUGUCACUCAACCAGAACUUGCAAACGGACACCUGGGUUCUCACGUUGAGCUUCAGCCUAUGCGAUCUGGCGUUGGGCGUCUCCACCAUCCCUUUUGGUAUCCAUAACAGUCUUUUCCAAGUGAAGAGCUACCCCAGCAAGAGUGCCACCUGCAAGGGCAGCGCCUUUCUGUUUUUGUUGCUCCAGCUCGCCUCCAUCCAUUCCCUCACCUGGGCCACUGUCGACAAGUUCACAGAGAUCUGCUUCGCCCUCAGCUACCCGGUGAUCUUUACAUCGCACAGGGCCAAAAUCAUCCUCGCGAUAGUGUGGGUCUACAGCAUCCUCAACGCAGCUCUGCCACUUUUCGGUUUCGGCAGUUACGUCUACAGCGAGACAAAGUUCCUCUGCGUUCCCAGCUUCAAACCGUCCAGCAUCGCCUUCAACAUGCUCUUCAUGGUGUUGGGAAUAAUCAUUCCCAUUGUACUGAUGUGCUCCAUGUAUGGAUAUAUAGUGCAUAUAGCUAGGAACCAGGUGCGAAGAGGGACGUUUGUUUGCAACGAAGACCACUGUUUCUAUGUGCCAGCCAAUAACUACUUCAAAAGCUCCAUAGUAAUGGCGACAACCAUCGUGUGCCUUCUUGUUUGCUGGCUGCCAUACAUUGUUAUCUGCUUCUAUGAGACACUGACGGGAAAAGAGAGCCCACAGCCUGCCUCGGCUGUUGCCACAUGGCUUGUCCUCUUCACUUCAGCUCUCAACCCAUGGAUCUACUCCAUGUCUCAAAUGAGAUACAGAGUUGCGUUGCGCAAAAGCCUGAAUAAAAUCCGACAGAUGUUUGACUAUCCUCGUAAAAACUCUCUCUCCCAGUGCACAACCAUACAGCCCCGCCACAAGAGCAACAGCUUCUCUUCGCCAGCUCCCAGUGAUCCUCCGGCACUACAAACAAACAACCAACCCCAACAGGACCUCACGCUGGUUUGAGCACGACCCUUCCUGACCUUUGCUGAAUGGAAUAGUGUAGAAAUAAUUAUGACUUAAGGAAUCUACAGCAUCGUUUCACCACAGCAGAAGAGGACACUGGGUUGGCGGAGCUCACCAGAAGCAAUUUAUGAUGCAAGCAGACUUCAUGCAGACAGAAGGAACCUUGUACGAUAGUCUACAAGACUUUUGCAUCAAAAAGAUGUAUUGUGUUUUUUGUGACUUGAGCAGAAACAUUGAUUCACUUUUUUUCUAAAGGAAUGCUCAAAGGACAAUGCAAUGUGAUUGUGAAAAAAGCUCUCUCUAAAAUGUUCAGCAGACACCUGAAACUGCCAAUCAAAGUUCAAUAGCUUUCAGAGACUUGAAACUUGACUGACUUCAAUAGCAACUUGUAUAAUUUUGAUGGCACAAUCUGAUCUUAUGUAUAUCAUUGGCUAUGUAAAUAUAGUUUUCUUAAUAUAUAAGCUCAGAGCAAAUUCAAAACCGAAUACUCACAUUACAGUUACUGUGAAAUGUAUGAUGGCAAGCAUUAAGACCAUGC